AUGCCUCCAAAGAAAAAGGGCGGCCGCAGCAGCACGGCCGCCGCCACGCCGUCAACGGCCACACCUCGAGAUGACGAUGCCAUGGACAUUGACACCCCAGCCGCUGGAACAACACCCGUACCUGUAGCGCCCGUUGCCCAACCUCCGAAACCCAAGUUCGACCCGAAUGAUCCUUGGACAGAUGAUCAGGUCGCCUCACUGUUCAAGGGUGUGAUUCGAUGGAAACCCGCGGGUAUGCAUAAGCAUUUCCGAAUCAUAGCCAUUAGCGAGCAUCUCCGCAACCACGGCUUCGACCCGUUCAAGAAUCCUCACACGCGUAUACCCGGAAUUUGGGCCAAACUUAGGACGUUUUACGACCUGGAUGCGAUCGACGAACGAGAAAACAGCCUUGACCCUCCCGAAGAAUGGGGUAAGCCCCGGCGCUACAAAGACUUCUCGCUACCUCGCGACGACUACGGCGAUUUGAUGCUGCAAGCGGCGCUCGCUCCUCCGGGCAGCCCGCCUAGCAGCCCAGCGGAAUGGGACCCGAACGAGCCAAGUGACGAAAGAAAGAAGCGCAAGCGCACCGAAGCUGGUACCAAGACUCGCAGUAGUACUGUGGAGGACACGGAUAACGAGACUUCUGCCCCUAGUCCGGUGCGGAAGUCGGCCAGAGGAGCGCGGAGUGCAAAGCGGGCGGCCAGCAAGGCUCGCAAGACCAAGGAGGAGUCCCCGGAUGAGGAUGAAAGCGAGGAGGAAGCAUCAGACGAGGAAGAGGAAUCAGGCGAUGAGGAAGAAGCAUCAGACGAAGAGGAGGCCGAGGCGUCCACAGCAAAGACAGCAAGGGGAACAAGAGCCCGUCCUGCUCCCAAGGCCAAACCCGUUGCCCGUGGUCGUUCAAGACCUAGUCGCCGCUAA